CCGCCCCGAGGCCGCAGCCGCCGCGGACACCGCCCGGGCCUCGCCCCGCCUGGAAAAGGAUGAGGCUCCUGUUAGCAAAGCUGGCCAGGAUGUGGUUUUGCACCUGCCCACAGACGAGGUGACUCUGGACGGCCGCGAGAGCACCGAUGACCACGCCAUCGUCCAGUACGAGUGGACGCUGCUGCAGGGUGACAUGUCAGUGCACAUGAAGGUGCCUCAGUCGGGAACCCUGAAGCUGUCCCACCUCCAGGAGGGAACGUACACCUUCCAGCUGACCGUGACUGACACAGCUGGUCAGAGAAGCUCCGACAACGUGUCGGUGACAGUGCUUCCCACGGCCUACUCCACAGGAGGUUGUUCCAACGUCUGCUCGCGCUACCACUUCUUCUGUGACGAUGGCUGCUGUGUGGACAUCACACUGGCUUGUGACGGGGUGCGCCAGUGUCCCGAUGGGUCUGAUGAAGCCUUCUGUCAGAACCUGGGCCUUGAUCGCAAAAUGACAACCCACAUAGCAACUAGUCCUGCCUCACCGAGAACCACAGAACCAAGCGAAGAUGCGGGAGGGAGCUCCUUCCUGAAGACGUCCCAGAAAGCCACAGCCCCAAACCAGCCACCUACUUUGUCAAGUGCAGAGAAGAGGAAUCGUUCUGCCUUUUGGGGACCAGAUAAGCCAGUCGUUCCUGUGAUGCCAGAUAGUAGCUCCUCAGGGAAGAACAGGAAAGAGAAAAAUUAUAUUUUUGAGCCAAAGAGUGAUCGAGGAGGGGAACACCCCGCCCCAGAAGCAGGCGCGGUGCUGCCCUUGGCCCUGGGCUUGGCCAUCACUGCUGUGCUGCUCCUCAUGGUUGCGUGCCGACUACGACUGGUGAAACAGAAGCUUAAAAAAGCUCGUCCCAUUACUUCUGAGGAAUCCGACUACCUCAUAAAUGGGAUGUAUCUAUAAGUGUAGUUCAAUAGCGAAGGGCAAGGACAUGUUUCCCUUUUCAUUUAUACGUAUAGUAGGUCUGGAUAUCGACUUCUUUUGGUUUUAAUUGGGCUAGAAGAGCCUACAAAUCCCAAACCUUUGUCUGUAUUGUUUAUUGUAGAAAGAAUUUUCUCUAGGGAGUAGCCACGGUGCUGCAGAUGGGAGGGUGCCACUGCUCAGUGCCUGGAGCCACAUGGCUGACUUGGUUCGGUUCCCAGCCCUGUCUUGGGCUGGAGCAUGGUGGUGCAUACCUGUGGUCCUGGCUAAAACAGGAGGCCAGGGCAGGAGGAUCACACUGCAGUGAGGCAAAAUCAUGUCAGAACAUACUUCUUUAUCUCCCUCCUGAGUGCUUGUGUGCACUUGUGUGUACUCACGCACUCUCUCUUUCACUCACAUUUAAAAAAAAAUAAAAAAGAUUUUUCCUGAGAAAAUAUGUGAAAUAUUUUUAACUUUGGAGAGAAAUUCCUAUGUUUAAAGACUUUAACGAAUUGAAUUCUGAUUUAUAGACACUGUCCCUGAAAAUAGGAAUGUAUACUUAGCCGAGGCAGAAAAUUCAGUAUCUCCAGAGAUGGUCUUAAGGAUAGCAGUAUUGCUCUUAGCUUUUCAGUAGCCACCAGCUGCCCCGGGAUCACUGGGCCACUUCAGACACGGCCUCCCCUUGUUCCCUAGCCCUGUUCCUCCUUUAAGUCCUCAAUGCACCUUUUCUCGUCCCCUUCGAAACUUGUUUCUGAGAAUGGAUCUCGAUGACAUAACACCUUCAAAGAGAUGUCACCAUGGCAGGUAGAUCCAAAUGAUCAAUCUUAGGAGCAGGCCAGUGAGGUCUCUGGGAAGAUGAGUGCGGUCUCCUCCCAAGGCCUCCAGCAUCAGGCCAUGAAGGCGGCUGCCUCCUUAGGUAGCCUUGGAAGACAAAACCCUGGAUUUGGAUUUCAAGCAGCUUUAAGCCGCUCGUGAGGUGGGACAGGAGAUGAAGGUGGGAGCAGGCAGCCUGCUGGAGGGCUGGAGAUUUGUACAGAGAUUUAGCUGAGGGCAAGUGAGCAAGGAUGAUGGCGCCUUGUCUCUACUCAGCUCAUGCCACGGUCAGAAACAGCACCUCCCUGACGUGGUCACUGGAUUAGAACAUUAGCCUUUGACGAUGAAAGAGAAAAAGGCCAAUUGAAAGUGCAACGUUGGGUAGAUUUCUGGAUCAGGCUUUUGUAAAAAUGUCACCAUGUUUUAAAUCUCAGCAGGUUCUUUCAUCCGGUGGAAUGAUCCCCUUUUUAUUAUGUUUUAAUGCUAUAAAUGUUAUAAAGUGCUGUCAGCUGGCACAGAUUUAUGUAUUUCUAGAGCAAAAGGUGUUUUGGCACAAAUUUAUCUUUACAGAAAACCGGCAUCUUUCCUAGCAUUUUUUACCUUUUAAUUUAUAGGAUUCAAAGGCAAAUCAUCCCCAUUACCAAGUAAUGCCAGGAUUACACAUAUUCUAGAAAUUCCGCUACUGAAGAAUGUAUCGUGAGGAACCUGUCUUCACUCACAUGAUAGUCCUAUUUCCAUAAAGAAAACAUAAGUGGCAAAUCUUUUAAAUACUGAAAAAAACACUCUAGAGUCUAGUGCACUUUAUUUCAGACCGAACCUAAAGUAGGUUGUUCUUUUAGCAAAGGGCUUUAUUUGGGUGGUAAGAUAUAAAUAUAUCAAAAUCCAACACAUGGCAAGUUAGUUCUAGAAAAACAAAACAAUCUGGUAGUGUUUUUGUCUCCUGAGAAAUCCAGCAUUUUGUAGAAUGUUUAGAACUGAGCAAAGAUUUAAAUUUCUCAAGGGCAGCUUAGAGAAAUGAGCUGUGUGAAUGAUCUUAAGGUGUUUUAUUCUAUCUGUGAUGCUGAGCAGUUUGUUUUCCUAUAGAAGGAGGUCACUAUAGCCAUACCUAAUAAAAUGAAAACGGACAAGGCAUGCAUCAUUCAGCCAUCUUUGAUAUACGGGGAAAUUAAACACAAUUUAGUAUUGCUAUGGUGUUAAAAUACUUAGAAAAAGAUGUCUCAUAUCUAUGUAAACACACUCCUUUAAUAAAUUGUAUUUUAUUCUUAA